AUGAGCACCGUCAAGGCGUUGCAGGACUCCCUCGAGAAGAUCAUCCUCGAUCCCAAGUACAAGGCGCCUCUGACGCUCGUCAAAGCCAUCCGCAAUGGUGCCGUAUACGGAGCCAAAGUGCGAUUCCCGCACGCCCUGGUCAUGAUCUUCCUAUUCCGUUCGGGCACAAUACGAGAAAAGACACGACUGGUCUUCAACGCGACGCGACAGCACGCCAGCAACCUCGCCCGGUUCGCAUUGCUAUACAAAGGCAGCAUGAUGGCGUUGCGCAAUACGAAUGGAGGCAAGGAGACUGGUGCCCACCAUUUCCUYGCUGGUCUAUUCGGCGGAUACUGGGUUUUUGGACAAUCAGCCAACAGUGUCAAUCAGCAGAUUGUCAUUUACAUUUUCGCCCGCGUGCUGCUUGCACUUGCGAAAUUGGCCAUUCAACCACCCGGAGACAAUAGCCUUGUGGGAAGCCACUAUGGUGGACAUGGCGGAAUUGGCAUCUUGAAGCUCACGCCUGAGCAAGUUGCCAUGGUGCAGAAAUACAGCUGGCCUGCAUUCGCUAGCUUGAGCUGGGCCAGUGUCAUGUGGCUCUUCGAGAGCUAUCCCGAGACACUGCAAAACAGUCUGCGAAGCAGCAUGUACUACAUAUAUAAAAACUGCGAAUCGUGGGACGGGGCUCGGACCCUUAUCCUCCACAACAAGUGA